AUGGAGAAUGGUGAUUCAUUGUCGAAUAUUGCUGGCAAAGUUUUAGUUGUUAAUGGAGAAGUUAUUAGAGACACGGAACAGCCUUGGAAAUGCACGUAUGAAGGAUGUAACAAAUCAUUUAAAGUUCGGUCAAAGUUGGAGAGACAUCAAAUAUCGCAUACAGAAUUGCGGCCUUUUAAAUGUCCGGUUCCUAAUUGUGAAAAAAGUUAUAAACGAUUAGAUCAUUUACAAAUUCACACAGUUGUGCAUGGACAAGAUCCAAAGCCAUUCAAAUGUGAAACAGAAGGCUGUGAAUCAAGCUUCUCAAUAAAACAUCAUCUAAAGAGGCAUAGAAAAGAAAUACACGAGACAGAGAGAAUAUAUAAAGAUUAUUUAUUAAGAAAGCAUAUGACCAUACAUACUAAAAAGAAGCCUUAUCCUUGUGAGGAUGAAGGAUGUGAAAAAAGUUUUUCAUCUUCAACCAAACUACGAAUGCAUAAGCGAGUUCAUUCUGAUCAGAAUAGAUGGAGAUGUGCAUUUCAAGGAUGUGAACAAGAAUUUCCAAAGAUUAACGAACUUCAUACUCAUAUACGAAAUGAACAUGAAGCUAUUUGUGAAUUAUGUAACAAAACAGUGAAAGAUAUGAAAGCACUUAGGAGACAUAUGAUAACACAUAAUCCCGAUCCAGUACACCAAAAAGAUCGUCAAUUUGACUGCUAUGUUCCAGGAUGUGGGAUGUCUUUUGCAUACAAAAAAGUUAUGGAUAAUCAUAUUAAGAAUAUUCAUGAGCGUCCACGUUCGCGUAAAGUUCGAAAGCUUAAUAAAGAUGACAAGAUCAAUCGUAAUGUAACCGAAAUUGAGCAUCUUACAGGUUUCGGAUACUGUAAUUCGGGUAGAAAUAUAUCAUGUGUGGUUGAGGGAUGUGAAUUCAUGUUCAAACGUCAGUAUGAUUUAAAUAGACAUAUGAAAAGUAAGCAUUCAAAUUAG